CCCCUGCCGCAUCGCCGUGACAGCAGCGCGAGGAGGAAGCUAGGCCAUCGUCGCCGAGAGAGUGCGCGACAGUGUGCCGAAAAAGAGGGUGGUGUCGCCUGUACGACGACGAGUAUACGAAGGUGGGCCCCCUCUCUGUGAAGAAGGUGCUCUCGUGCAACGAACACGGUGCGGAUAGGACACUCGUUACCUCUACGCGCGUACACAGGAAGGUAAAAGGCCAUCCGUGAAAAGUAGUGUCGUCUGGGGUCUCGCGCUGCUUGUCGCCAUCUCUUCCCACACUCCUGCCCUCCACGUUCACCUUCCUUCCUUCCUUCCUUCGGUCUUGUUACACUCUUAACUUUUCGUCAUCCCCGACUAUCGGUCGAACGUCGUUAGCAUAACGUGAAGUAGAAAACGUGAAAACGGUGCGAAGAGAGUGACAGAGAAGAUAAAAAGAGAGCGAGAGAGAGAAAAGAAAGUGCGCGCGCGAGCGCGCACUCUCGUGCGAUGUGAUAAUCGCGUGUGCGACUGUUAUUGAUGUGCGAGGUAGUGUUGACGACGAGGGAAACGACAUCAACGGCGAGUACCGGGGCUAACUUCAGGCGGUGGCGGAGGAGGAGGAGGAGAAUCGCCGGAGAGAUACCGGCCAACCUAACCUAGUAGACGCAGCAGGAGUAGCGGGUGAGAAAGAGGCAGCGGGGACGCAACCUUUUCAAGUCGCGGUGUAGGUGUGGAGGCGGAGGUGGAGGCGGUCGAGAAGGCUUCAGGAUGAGCGGACGACCGAGAACCACCUCCUUCGCCGAGGGUAACAAGCAGCCCGCGAAUCCGCCCCUCGGCGGUAUGAAGAUUAGUAGUGGUGCAAUGUACCCUGCAGGCAAGGAUGGCAGCAAGGUAACGACUGUAGUAGCGACUCCUGGUGCUGGUCCGGAUCGUCCUCAGGAGGUCGCGUACACCGAUACCAAGGUCAUAGGCAAUGGCAGCUUUGGGGUGGUAUACCAGGCGAAACUCUGCGAUUCGGGAGAGAUGGUUGCUAUCAAGAAGGUUCUCCAAGAUAAACGAUUUAAGAACAGGGAAUUACAAAUUAUGCGACGCCUCGAACAUUGCAACAUUGUGAAACUCAAAUAUUUCUUUUAUUCUAGUGGUGAUAAGAACAUCUUAACCGCGACUAAUCCGGUUUUUCACGUUGACAAGGACGAGGUUUAUCUUAAUCUAGUCCUGGAAUACAUACCCGAAACUGUGUACAAAGUCGCUCGACAUUAUAGCAAAAGCAAGCAGACGAUACCAAUCAGUUUCAUCAAGUUGUAUAUGUAUCAACUGUUCCGUUCGUUGGCAUACAUCCACUCGCUGGGUAUUUGUCACAGGGAUAUCAAACCACAGAAUUUGCUGCUAGAUCCGGAUACUGGUGUCUUGAAGCUAUGCGAUUUUGGUUCAGCUAAACACCUUGUGAAGGGCGAGCCAAAUGUGUCCUAUAUCUGCAGUCGCUACUAUCGCGCACCUGAACUCAUCUUUGGUGCUAUUGACUACACUACAAAAAUUGAUGUUUGGAGUGCAGGUUGUGUGCUAGCAGAACUGUUGCUAGGUCAACCAAUAUUUCCCGGCGAUAGCGGUGUCGAUCAACUGGUAGAGAUUAUCAAAGUCCUCGGUACGCCUACGCGCGAUCAGAUACGUGAGAUGAACCCCAACUACACCGAAUUCAAAUUUCCACAAAUUAAAUCACAUCCCUGGCAAAAGGUGUUCAGGGCGCGCACGCCGCCGGAAGCGAUGGACCUAGUGGCACGGCUCCUAGAGUAUACACCGUCGUUGCGCAUGACACCGUUGCAAGCGUGUGCGCAUUCAUUCUUCAAUGAAUUACGUGAACAAGGCACGCGGUUGCCAAGCGGCCGUGAAUUACCGCCGCUUUUCAAUUUCACCGAGCAUGAGCUGCGAAUUCAGCCGAUCCUCAACAGCAUGCUGAUACCCAAGUACAUGCAAUCGGCCGCCGCCACCACCGGUACAGAGGGGAAUCCCGGCGGGGGCGGCGGAGGGGGAGGCGGAGGUGGCCAGUCGGACGCCACGGGCGCCGCUGCCAGUGCUAGCGGUAAUUCUAGUGAUAAUAGCGCCAACAAUCCCAACACCACCACUAACACCACCGCUAUCAACACGCAAAACACUGACCCCAGCCAAUCGAACAUGGCUUGAACCGCUUUAUUCUAUCUUCUAUUUUUCUUUUUCCUUCUUAACGUUAUUAAAGAGUUGGGUUAUGACGUUGUUACGAUGGCAUGACGAAGUAACCAUCUUCUGACGAGGAUGUCCACGUUGUAAAUGCGAUAUAUCGCAUUGCGGAGUAAAUAAAUAUAAGGUUUUCACCUUCUUUCUAGCGAGAAGUAAUGUAGUACUGCGACGCGAUUCAGUGGAAUUAAGGCUCUUAGUUCAUCCAUAGAUACAUUGGGCCAGGGGAUCCUAACUCUCUUUAUCUUGACAAAGACGAAAGUUUGAUGAAUUCGUAAUUUUUAGAGGACAGAGCGCCGUCAAUUUAUUUCCUAACUACUUACUGACCUUUUUGUUGCCAAUAGUGACUGGUUGACCAACUUCUGUAAAUUAGAUAGUUAAAUUUCUUCUAUUUAAAAAUUUAUUCAUUUUACAUUCUAUUCUUUAUUCAUUUAAAGAUAAAAUCGCUAUACGGAACAGAUAUAUAAAUAGACGAAUUCCGAAGUAGAAUAUUGUCUAGUUUGCAAAACUAUAAUAACAUUUCAGACAUUCAUAAAGAUGUUCCUG